UACAUAAUUUCACGCCCGUCCUGUCCUAAAGCGGCGAUUCAGGAGAAUUUCUUUCAACGCAUCAGUGGUUAUUGUGAGGAUUCUGUGGGUUCCGGCGUCACCAAUUUGUUAUAUUUGCUCAUUCGUCAAUCUGUGAUAUCUGGUCAAUCUGUGGUAUCUGCUGCUGACCCGCUCCAGUGCCUAGUGUCGGAGAGAAAAGACUCACAGAAGGGAACACAACAAAUGUAUUCCGAACGAGCGAGUGCAUGUGUCUGGAAUAUGACGUCACACACCUGCCUGGCAUUCUGUGACUCACCAACAAAAUUAUUUCAAAAG